GAUUCGCUCUGCUGCGCAUCCAGCCUUCCCGACUUCCUUGCCACGCCCUUACCAUCAGCAUACAACGGACGAUGGAGCCGCCGCAUAGAUAGCUAUUCUGACACUUCACGGAGAGGAAGCGCAACAUGGCAACACAAGCCUUUGUCAUCCGAGCCAGUCCACCGCCGCGAUCUUUCGAGGAUGACGCGGAUGAGGCGGCGAGGCGAUCCGCCAAGUGCGGCCUCGGACGUCGUUCCAACGCCGUACCCACGUCCAAUGGCAAGCCGCGAUUCGUAAGGGAGUCCAAGGCCAGUGAAGCUUGGAGCGGCGACUGGACGCGAAGCGAGGACCAAGACGGCGAGGUGGCAGAGGCGGCCACACGGGAUGAGGUGACGGGAGACAAAGGAGGGAGCGAGCCAACCGCUCCAGUAGCAGAGGUCGCGUCAGCAGAGACCAAUAGCAUGGCCUCCCUCUACGCACAGCUAGCCUCUCAGAUCGCCUCUACCGCUCAGGAACCUUCAUCUCCAACCCAGCCACCACCACGCCCAGCGCUCAAACCUCGCGUCUUGACUAAGCGUAAGCGUACAGCUGACCAGAGCAGCGAUUGGUUCAUUGCAAAAGCUACAGAGCAAAUGAGCAAGGAGGACAGGCGGCGCGAUGAGCAGCGGCGAAAGGAGCAACUGCGUCAGAUGACCCAGCAGAGGGAGGGAGAGCAGCGAGAGGACGUCCAGCUCAUCGCUACUACGCAGGCCAGCGCCGAGACGUCUACGAGUAUCGCACCGCCCUCGCUGGCAACACAUCAACCACGCGCCUCUUCUGUCCAGCCGUGUCCCACCUGCUCGCAGCUUCUCCCGACACCCUGUCCCGCACCCAUCCUCCGCGCCCACUUGAACAGCAUAGCCCAUCGCAUGGCCCAAUCCACCCCUUCCUCGCCCGCACCAUCAUCAACCACUGGCACAAGCAAGAUAGCCUCAGCCAGCCCACCUCUGCCAAAGCUCUAUAUCGACUCUUCCAACUCUGGGUAUCAAGCCCUGCAAGCCAUGGGAUGGAGGGAAGGACUGGGAGUAGGGGAGGAGCAGUGGCGCCUGGCGGGGGAGAGAGCUGCACUGGAAGAGGCGAGGAGGAUAAAAGAGGAAGAGAAGGAGGAGAGCGAGAGAAGACGCAAGCAAAGUGAGAUGGUGAUCGUGGUGGACAACGAUGAUGAGGAAGCCCAACAAGAUGUUCUGUUCGGCCCGCUCCAAGGUGAGGAGCACCAGCAGCGUAGCGUCAGCGUCAAGCCUACCCAUACUGCAUCUCCUUCGCCGCCCUCUGCUGCCCUUGACGAGCAAAAUCCAGAGAAGGACUCAUCAUCAACGACCGGUCCAUACAGCGCUCCUCGUCCCGCGCCCCUCCUCGAACCCAUCGCUGUUCAACUCAAGCGCGACAGACUUGGACUCGGCAAAUUGCGCGCCUCAACGGGACGAGACUACCCUACACUGGGCGCUAGUGCGAGCUCUAGCAUCAGGGGCAGCAAGCAAGAUGGGCGCAAGGAGAUGGAGAAGGACCAGGUCAGGAAGCGUCGUGAUAUUGUUAAGCAGCACGAGAGGGAGAGGAGGGAGUGGUUGGAGUUGAGAGGCAGCUUGAAUUGAGGGGAUCCGCCAACAAAGACAUCGACGGAGCGUGUGCGGGCGCAGCAACUGAUACCCAAUGCAGAUGAGAUCACGACGAAGCCGCUCACCUGAGGCUG